GUGAAUCAUGGCGGCUGGAGUAGAUAGUUUUGACAACGAGAAGCAGUCAGGUGUCGACGCACUCAGAAAGGGACAUGUUUUGGAAGAGUUUAAAGAAAUAAAAAAAUUCAAGGGGCUAAUCAACGGACUAAAAGAUGUUUAUAAUGACCAAAUUGCGUUGGAAGUGUCAUGUGAACAAUUUACAGCCAUCAUUGACAAGUAUCAAGAACAGCCCCACCUGAUUGAUCCUCAUUUAGAAUCUUUGAUGACACAGAUUCUUGGUAUUGUUCGAGAUGACAAGUCUCCACCAGCCCUGAUUCACCUUGCAUUUAAAUAUCUCUACCUCAUCACUAAGAUGAGAGGUUACAAGAUAAUAGUACGGCAGUUUCCUCAUGAGGUGGCUGACGUUGAAUCAGUCCUGGCAUUGAUUGGCCAACAGGAUCCUAAGAAUCAUCAGACAUGGGAAUCCCGUUACAUGUUGAUCCUGUGGCUAUCCAUGGUGUGUAUGAUACCAUUUGACAUGGUGCGACUGGACAGUAAUGCUGUCACUGGAUCUGGAGAGAGACGUAGACCUGUCAUGGACAGAAUACUAGACGUGGGAAGAACGUACCUGACUGAGAAUGACAAGUGUAGAGAUGCCGCAGCCUACCUCACCUCGCGUUUUCUCACCAGACCAGAUGUCAAAAAGGAACGACUUCCAGACUUCCUGGACUGGGCACUUAACAUCCUCGUUAACUCAGACAUAACAAUGAUGCGAGGAAUGACACAGGUAACAGGUAUACUGACCAUGUCUGCCCUUCUCUUCAAGCAUGGCAAGAGGGAGGACCUGCUGGACUAUGCUCCAGUUGUGUUGACCAAAGUGAACAACUUGAAGUUGCGAGACUGCAAUAAUUGUGUCAUCAGAAAACAUGGUAUCAAGGUCAUUCAGAGGCUUGGUCUCACUUUCCUCAAAAACAGAGUAGCUUCCUGGAGAUACCAGCGAGGGAGCCGGUCCUUGACAGACAACUUGAAAAAAGGCUAUCAGCCAGGGUCAUCUGGUGUCAACAGUAUCGCACAGGAAGAUGAGGAAUAUGAUAUACCCGAGGAGGUUGAAGAGGUUAUAGAGCAACUUUUGAGUGGACUUAAAGACAAGGACACAGUGGUCAGGUGGUCAGCAGCCAAAGGAAUUGGUCGAGUAACUGGACGACUCCCAAGGGAGUUGGCUGAUGAAGUUGUUGGGUCAGUGUUGGAGCUGUUCACCCUUCAGGAAACAGAUGGGGCCUGGCAUGGGGGUUGCCUGGCACUAGCUGAGCUUGGGAGGCGAGGCCUGUUACUUCCGGAGAGACUUACAGAUGUGGUUCCGGUGGUGUUGAAGUCUUUGGAGUAUGACGACAAACGAGGGAACUUCUCCGUGGGAGCUCAUGUUAGAGAUGCUGCAUGCUACGUGUGCUGGGCCUUUGCAAGGGCUUACGAACCACAGGAAAUCACACCCCACGUGGAUAAGAUAGCCACGGCUUUGAUAAAAGCUUCUAUUUAUGACCGGGAGGUGAAUGUUAGGCGUGCUGCUGCUGCUGCAUUCCAGGAAAAUGUUGGACGUCAGGGUACAUUUCCUCAUGGAAUUGAGAUUCUCACAACCGUUGAUUAUUUUGCUGUUGGAAAUAGAUCUAAUUGCUAUCUAGAUCUCAGCGUAUUUGUGGCCCAGUUUCCACAGUAUAUUGAGGGUUUGAUCAAUCACCUUGUUCAUAUAAAGGUUUCCCACUGGGACAGUGCUGUGCGAGAAUUAACAGCCAAAGCUCUCCACAGACUCACCCCAAAAGCUCCCGAGUACAUGGCAAAAACUGUUUUGCCACUGUUGGUGCCUCAGACAACUGGGCCAGACCUUUUCAUCCGACAUGGGACAAUACUAGCUGUAGCUGAGAUCACACACGCUCUGGGCAAACUUGUUGCUGAACAAAAUAAAGCUAUAACAGAUGUUCUUGAUGCAGAGAUCAUAGAGGGGCUUCGAGGGAUUGCCAAAAAGCUCCAUGAUGUCGAGCUUUUCCGAGGCAUGGGAGGUGAACUCAUGAGAAAAGCAGUGACUUGUCUAAUUGAGAAGCUGUCACUAUCAAAACUCCCCUACCAUGGAGAUCCCAUCAUUGAACUAUGGCAGGGAAUCAUUGAUGAAUGUUUACACUAUGUAGAACCAGAAAUCCAGGAAGCAGCUGUGGCAGCCAUUCCAGCCUUUUUCCAGGAGUAUUAUUCAGACAGUAAAGGAGAUGCCAUCCCAGACCGACAAGAAAAUGUGAUAAGUAGGUACCUUAAAGAACUAAAAAGUCCAGUUGAAAUAUCAAGGAUGGGAUAUUCCUUGGCCAUAGGUGCAAUACCAAAGUUUUUCAUCAAGAACAAACUCAGAAGUGUACUGAGUGGUCUAAUGGGGGCAUCUCGAGUGACGGAGAAGGAGAAGAAAUGGGCUGAGUCACGACGUGAUGCGGUCAAGGCUAUCACAGGUGUAUGUCAGACCGUCGGAGUUGAUAAUGACGGUGAGCAAUCACAAGUUCUUUGUUCACACAACAUUCCUGAGGUUUACGACACUUUUUUCCUGGCCAUGCAGGACUACACUUUGGACAGUCGAGGAGAUGUGGGCGCAUGGGCUCGUGAGGCUGCAAUGACAGGCUUGCAUGAAGUUACAACUAUGAUUGUCAACACUGAUGCUAGUCUGAUUACUCCUGAAAUAAGUAAGAAUUUGUUUUGCUGUCUGGUACAGCAGGCUUGUGAAAAAAUCGAUAGAACGAGAGCACAUGCUGGCAACAUAUUCAAGUGUCUUCUGUAUCACAGACCAGAAAUUCCUCACAUUCCAGAAAGACAAGUAUUAGAAGAAGUUUUUCCCAUAGAGGCAUCAGAGAAAGUGAACUGGGCAGCCCCUUCAGACACAUUUCCUCUCUUCACAAAGCUCCUGAAGUGCCCUGCUUAUCAGUACAGCGUCCUCCUUGGUCUCACUGUCAGUGUAGGUGGUCUGACAGAAUCACUGGUGAUCUACUCAAGUGGCUCUCUACACACAUACCUUCGAACCAUCAAUAAAGAUUUGACCCAGAUGUCACAGUUUGUCAAUGUUGUCAUUAAGAUAUUUGAAAAUUACAUCAAAGUUGACAGGGUUUCCCUCCCCAUGCUGAAGAUGUUAAAUCAGCUUCUUUCUAAAGGAUGCUUCAGCUUGUUUGCAGAGGAUGAAAAUCAAGGAUUUGCUCAGAAGAUUUUGGAGUUGACCAAGAAAGAAAUAUCAAGAAGUGGGGAUCCUCAGAAACUCAUAGCUAGUGCUGAUGUGUACUGUGAGCUAUUACAGUUUAGUACAGAAUUGAAAAAGAAAGCGCUGUUUCAACUACUACUGUUGAUGGGACACAAAUAUCCAAGGAUUCGCAAAGCCACAGCCAACAAAUUAUAUGAAGCACUUGUCACUUAUGAUGAUGUAGCCCAGGAGGAGAAGCUUGACGACGCCAUGACAAUCAUCAGUGAAACAACAUGGGACAAUGACAAGAUCAGUGAAGUGCGACCAAUCAGAAACCAGCUCUGUGAUCUAUUGGAUAUACCCCAGCCCAAACUUACAGUCAAGUCGGACACCUCUUAAGAAACCAAGUCUUGACCACAUGUUGUAUUAGAAGUGUGUGAACAACUCGUCAAGAUAUAGCCAAUAUACCGAGGUUGAAGAAGUCAAAUAGAUCAAAUAAAUCAAUAUGGAUGAUAUGGCGACGUAAUGGCAUUGAUGGCUUAAUGUGCCUGGAAUACAUAAAUAUAUAAAAGACUCAGUGUCAGUAGGAUUGUUAGUGCUUUUAUACAAUAAGUCACGGUUUCAGCCAGUAGAGUUAUACGUGCUUUUAUACAAUUAGACACGGUUUCAGCCAGUAGAGUUAUACGUGCUUUUAUACAACAAGAGACGACUUCGGUCAAUAAGAGUUGUUUUUGUUCUGAAUGUGAGUAUACAGGAAUAUAUACAAUAUAAGACUCUCUAAGUCAGUGCUUUUUGUUUUGGAGUAGAUAUCAGACAUUAUUUUAUAUUCUUAACUCUGUCUUACUGAACAAUGUGAUAUUUGGACACUAAUUAUUGCUUUCAUGUGCGUACUUAAAUACUUGUAAAGUAUGAUGCUGAUGUAAAUCCAACAUUUUUAUUGACAUGUAUUAUUGCUAGAUAUCUAUAAUAAAAUCAUGAAAUCCAGA